AUGGGCAAGGACAGUGCAGGAAAGGGUCAACAGCACCUGAACCAGCUACAGCUGCACGUAUUACUCAGGAUGGUCAAUGCUGGAUUAAAUAAAAUAUGUCUUGAAAGAAAGGAUCCAGUGCCAAAUGAUCUGUUCUUUGGAGAGCAGAGUCUGAAUAACGAGUCCAGUGCUUGCAGUUCUGGUCUUGCAACUGCAACCCAGUUGCCUCUGAGUCUGCUGAAGUCAUUUGGAAAUCCAGGGAAAGGGCAGUGCAGCCGCAUCUUCCCUCCCCAGCUUGGCACACUACAGAUCAUUCAUGGCAAUGGCACAGCCGUGGGGACAGUGAUAACGUUCCAGUGCUCUGCUGAGCACCAGCUGGAGGGACCAGGCGUCAUCACCUGCAUUUGGAAAGGGAAUGGUACCCAGUGGACAGCUGGAGUGCCCUCCUGCAAACCCAUAUCAAAAUAUGAGACUUUUGGAUUUAAGGUCGCAGUGAUUGCCUCCAUCGUGAGCUGUGCUGUCAUUCUGCUGAUGUCCAUGGCUUUUUUAACUUGUUGUCUUAUCAAGUGUGUGAAGAAAAGUGAAAGGAGGAGGACUCAAAGAGAUAUGCAGCUGUGGUACCAGCUCAGAACUGAAGAACUAGAGCACAUGCAAGCUGCUUACUUUGGUUUUAAGGGAAGAAACAAUAACAACAACAGUAAGAAACUCAGGAAUAAAGCUGUGUUCGAUGAUGUGACUAACAUGGCAUAUGAUAACCAAGGCUUCUACAGGUUCCAGGAGGAGUGGACUCGGGACAUCAUAGCUCCUGGGUGUUGCAAAGACAACGAUCAUCUGCCUAAGUUAAGCAAAAGCAGUAGUGCACCUGUGAAACAAGUUGUACCAGGACACAACACUGCAGUACAGACGGUGGAUUCAAUACAUGUCGUUGAAGUCUAUGGACAUAAGGAUAGUUAUAACAAACUGAGCCGUCAGAUACCUGGAUAG